AUGUAUCAUUUAUGUGAGAGUUAGGGAUCUAGCAGUCCACUAUAAUGCUAUCACCGCAUUAGUAAAAAUUUCGACAAAGCCCUCAUUUUAGUUUUCCAAAUUCCAACGAAAUUCUAACGUAAGCUCUUGGCUGGACUUUGAAAUUUGAUAAAGCCAAAAUGUCCGACAAUAAGGCAUCCUCGUCCCGAAGCCGACAUCCCGUGAUGCAGUUCAGCACCGCCAUGGGAACGCCGGAAACCAAGCGCAAGAUGCUCCUCUAUAGACGGUUAUUGAGCCGGGAGUUGGCCCGUGAUGGCAAAAAUCCCAAGGAGAUUGCGAGGGCCAGUAGUCGAAGACUUCAGGAGCAGGACGGGGGCAGGUGUCCAAAAUCCUGAAUAUGUAAAUCCAUGUUCAGGAUAUUUUUCGGCAGAAGAGUUUACGUUUUAGCAGUCAGGAAGAAGUUGCGCGUUCACUUCUCCUGUUUUUUCGGUCCUAUUUAAAAAAGAAUUAAAUUAUAAUUAAAUGGUUUUUAUAAAACCGCUGUUUUCCUCAUAAUA